GUUUGACUGGUCAACGUCGUCGUCAUUUUCUUUGUUUGUGUUAUUCUGGGGUUACGGCUUCUCAUCCGCCUCUCGUCAAGCCUCUCAAACGCAUUGUGGGCGCAACAAAGUCGCCGUCCGUACAUGAUAUCUCCAGUCUUCUGAUUCCUCUUUGCCUUUGUUCUCUUUCUCCACGUUGCCGGUCACAAGUGAGAGUUCCUACCCAUCUUUCGAGCCGUCUCGACUGCAGCCGACAUAAUAGCCCAAGACAUCUCCUUCGCCCACUCGACUACUCAGCACGGCCCUGCUCGAGUCCAAAUUCACAAUGUCGGGGCCGCGGCGACUACUACAGCAAGCGAGCUCACUACUACUAGUCGUCGCCUUGAGCGCGACAACAGUCUCAGCCAUACCAGCUAGCCAGCUAUUCCAACGACAGUCAGAAUCAACAUGUGCGGCCGAGGGCUUCUCAAAGUGUUCCCAGGCCGGUUUGCCUGAUAACUUUUGCUGUCCGACCGACUCGACAUGCAUUCCUUUGGCCGCAAAUACUGCGGUUCUUUGCUGCCCAAAUGGACAAGACUGCUCGAUGAUACAACCGAUUUCCUGCGACACUAGCAAGCAGGAUCCAGUGAAGGAUCCUCAAGCAGGCCUCAAGACCACUGUUUUGGAUGUCCCCUUAAAGCAGUGUUCUGAUAGAUGCUGUCCAUGGGGUUACUCUUGCAACACCCAAGGUUACUGUCAAAAGGAUGCGGAUCAGUCAAAGACACCCCAAGAGUUGAAUAACAAGCCACCGCCAAGCGCAACGACGACAGCAACUCAAGGGCCAAUUAGCAGUUCUCAAUCCACCCAGACAACAUCUAAAUCUAUUUUCUCUGUGACCGACUCUCCUGCAGGAACCGACAAGCCAACAGCAACCGACAAACCUACAGCAAGCAGCAAGCCUACAGAAACCGGCAAGCCUGCAGCAAGUGGUGACAAGUCAGCAGGGAGCGCAAAGCCCGUGGAAAGCGGGAAGCCCGACGACGACGACGACGACGACGACGACGACGACGACGAAGGGCCUGGGAAAGGCGGAGGAAGUGGAAUAAUCAUCGCUGGCGUGGUUGCCGGCGUUGCCGUCUUCAUCAUCGGCGGCCUGAUCACCCUCUACUUGUGCAUUCUGAAUCGCCGCAGAGGCAAGGUUCCCGGAGCUGGAGCCGGUCACGGUCACUACGGCCAUGACGAGAAACCGCGCCUGAACCGAUCGACGUCCUCCUUCGGGAACAUUAUCAGCAACCCCAUCGUUGCCGAGGACGUCAUCCGAACCGACUUCAACCGCUCCGUCUCCGCCCAAUCGCACCACCGUCCCACCUCCGAUUUUGGAGCAGUAGCAGGCAACGUCAACCCCUUCGACACUCCACCCCGCGGGUCUCCGCCAAACUACCACAGCCGCAACAACAGCCGGGCCAAAACCCCAUCCGAGGGGCAUGACAGCAGCAUAGCCUACGGUGGUCACGGACGUAAUGUUAGUGGUAACGUUCCCGGUCCAUCAGCCUACACCGGCACCGGAACCAGCAGCCGCAAUAAUUUGCCUCCCCCAGCAGCAGGCGGCCGAUCCGGCUACACCACACCACCCAUCACUCCCUGGGGCGCAACAAGCGGCGGCGGUGGUCACGGAGGCGGACUAGACAGCCCGCGCGGAAACAGCGGAGUUAGCAUAAACGUGUUCGCCGAUCCACGGACGCUGACUCCCGAGCGUCUUGCCAACUCCAAUAGCAAUUCCAACGCCAAUUACACGUACUCCAAAUUCAUCAACAUCAACUCCAAUUACCCCUAUUUAAAUAAUACCAAUACCACCGAUGACUACGACCCCUUCAACCCCGAGAACCACGAUCCCCACCACCAGCAGACAAGACCAGUAACGACCUUCACGGCAAUGAUGGAGGAAGCCGACUUGGGCGCCGUGGCGAGGGGCGCUAAGUACGUGCCGCCUACGCCCAAGACUCCGGCUGGGUUGCUCGGACCGUCGGUACCGGGGGCGGGUAGCAUGCCGAACAGGUUUUAGUUCGCUGGCUAUCCCGUGUGUGUACUGUGCUGGUUUCGUUGCGGAGUUUGGAGGGGUGUAACUGCCGGUGUCGGGGAAGUUGAGUGUUGGUUGGCACUUGUCAGUGAGGAAAACGGUGGGGUGAUGGAGAAACAAGGCCGG